GCUUCAACGACUCUCACUUUGCAUCCUCCUCUCUGCUCACUCGCUCUGUCUCUCUCCUCCUCUCUGCAUCUGCUGGUUGCUCUCCACCGUCAAGGCUCUUGUGAGGCGUCUUCCUCCCAAACAUCUGCAACAGCUUCUCACCUGAAGAAAUAAAACUUUUUUCCCCCUCUAAAGCCUUGUGAGACACUGAGACCCAACUGCCACCAUGGAGGCCAUCAAGAAGAAGAUGCAGAUGCUGAAGUUGGACAAGGAGAACGCCAUCGACAGGGCAGAGCAGGCUGAGUCCGACCAGAAGGCAGCGGAGGACAAAUGCAAGCAGCUGGAGGACGAGCUGCUGUUCCUGCAGAAGAAAAUGAAGGGAACAGAGGACGAGCUCGACAAGUAUUCGGAGGCCCUGAAGGAUGCUCAGGAGAAACUGGAACUGUCGGAGAAGAAGGCCACAGAUGCGGAGAGCGAUGUGGCAUCUUUGAACCGCAGGAUCCAGUUGGUGGAGGAGGAGUUGGACCGCGCUCAGGAGAGACUGGCCACAGCCCUGCAGAAACUGGAGGAGGCUGAGAAGGCUGCAGAUGAGAGUGAAAGAGGCAUGAAAGUGGUCGAGAAUAGAGCCAUGAAAGAUGAGGAGAAGAUGGAGAUCCAGGAAUUCCAGCUCAAAGAAGCCAAACACAUCGCUGAGGAGGCGGACCGCAAAUACGAGGAGGUUGCCCGUAAACUGGUGAUCCUUGAGGGUGAGCUGGAGAGAGCAGAAGAGAGGGCCGAAAUUGCAGAACUUAAGUGUGCUGACCUGGAAGAAGAGCUGAAGAAUGUCACCAACAACCUCAAGUCGCUAGAGGCUCAGUCUGAUAAGUACUCUGAGAAAGAAGAUAAAUAUGAGGAGGAGAUUAAAGUCCUGAGUGACAAGCUUAAGGAGGCGGAAACCCGUGCAGAAUUCGCAGAGAGGACAGUGACCAAGCUGGAAAAGACCAUAGAUGACUUAGAAGAUGAACUGUACACUCAGAAGCUGAGAUACAAGGCUAUCAGCGAGGAGCUGGAUAAUGCCCUCAAUGAUAUGAACACCUUGUAAACCUGGCUUUUAGCUCAUGAUGUUUCCACUUUCCCCUUUGUCUCUCUCCUUGCCCGAUUAGAAGCACUUUGUCUCUUCCUUUCUCCCUUUGCUUUUAAUGCCUCUGGCUCCUUUUGUGUUAAUCUAAAGCUCAAUAAAGAUAUUUUUCUCUUUUA